ACAUACACACACACAUACACUAAGAGUUAAGAUAUCUCGUAAUUUGUUAUUAUUUAAAAAUAAUAUCAUAUUAAAAAAUAAUUUUCCAUUAUUACUAAAAUGAUAUAUAAUUGACUAUAUUUUAUAAAUCAUUAAAAAUCAAUCAGAUGCCUAAAUUGUCACAAAUUUUUUUUAUAAUGAGUAAAAGAUAUGUAUACAAUGAAUAAGGUUGUUAGAAAAUUAAUUAGUAAAACAGAUUUAAGAAUGUUCCUUAAAUGGACUAUUACAUCAAAUUUUAGUACAGUAUCAAACUAUGGUGUUCCAGUUGCUAAAAAUUUACUGAAAAAUAAUGAGAUUUUGGAUAUUGAAAUUAUUAUGAGAAAUAUUGAACAGGAUUAUAAGAACAUAAAUGCAAAAGUUGCUGUUAAAGCUGUCAAUGCUUUAUACGAAAACUUCCAAAAGAGUAAAAAAUUGGAUCCUAAGAUCGUCACAAAUUCUGAAGUAUUUGAAAAUAUCUGCAAAGUGAUAUUGAAAGAUAUCAAAUCUUUAAGCAGAUAUGAUACUAUAAAUAUUUUACAAGUUUUAUUAUUUUUCAAUGUUCCAACUGACAGUCUAUUAAUACAAUCACUCUUUCAAAUGAUACGCGUUUCCUUGAAUAAUUUAACAGUUGGACAAAUAAUGAUUCUAUAUAAUAUGUUAUACAAAAUAGAAAAAACCUCACCUUUGUCUGAAUCUUUACUUCAUGCAUUACGUCAUGUUUUUAAACACCAAGCUGAAAUAGAACUUAAUUCUGAUAGUACCAAUUUGUUGCAAGUACUUAAGUUUUGUUCUAUGAUCAAUGAUUUCAAAGUAAAAAGACAAAUACUUAUGAUUUUAUGUAAUAAUCAUGAAAAAAUAAAUUUAAAUAAUGUAAUAACAAUUUUUGAUGCAAUAUAUAGUUUACCAAAAUUGGAUUCAUUCUCUAAACAACUUUUGAUUUAUAUACAAAACAUGAUACUAACUAAUUAUAGAAUGUUAAAUUUUGAUAAAAUUGAAUAUUUACUUCGUUGUAUUUCUAAAAAGGUUUUGGACUCAGAAAUGGAAUUCUAUAAUGAAAAACUAAUAGAUAAAUUAUGUUCUCAAUUAUCUUUUGUAUUAAGCAGCAAUAUUACUUUCCACCAAAAUUUAAUCAUAUUAAAGCAUUUAAAUAAUAUGCAUUAUAGCAAUAUUUCAUUAUUAGAUUGUUUAAUAGAAAAAUGUCUUAAAGAUAUAAAUAUAUUAGAAAGAUGUUCUAUCAAUGAUAUAGAUACAUUUAUUAAAGGUUUUAUUAUUGCUGAUUAUAUGCCAAACAAUUGGGAAACUGUAGUAAGCAGAAUGUUACAAAAUUUUAUGAUCAAUUUAGACUGUUCAAUAUAUAAUACAGUAUUUACUGUUUUUUGUUUACUUUCACUAAACUCUUAUCAUCCAGAAUUAAUAGAAAAGGCUUUCACAUUAUAUAAUAAAUUCUUUUAUGAAAAAAAUUCAGUUCUUUUUGGAAAAGAUAUUACAUUAACUAUAUUAAGAUUAUAUUGGUGUGUUAAACUACUUUAUCCUGAAUAUAAAGGAUUUAUGCCAGAUGAAAAUAAAUUAAACCAAAUUAAAAUGGAACAUGAGUAUUACGAAGUACCUUAUUUAAUGAAUAGUUUAAAAGAAGUUGUUGGAGGUAUUGAAUAUAUGAAAAGUGGUUUAAAAACAAAAUUUGGCGAAUUUGUUGAUUAUGUUGUUGUCAUACAACCAGAUGGCUCUUUUAUGAAUAUCAGUAAUUAUGAUAACAUUAUAUUUGUUGAAGAGCUAGUAUCACUAUCAGAAUGUAGCAAAAUUCUCUUUUUUGCUUUUCCAAUAAAGGCAUAUUCUAUUAACAAAAGGAAUUUAUUAUCUACAGUCAAAAUACAAUUAAAAGCAAUAGAAACAUUGUCAGGAUUCCAUUCCUUUGUUAUAAAUCCAUAUUUGUGGAGACAGUUUUCCAAUGAAGAAAGGAUAUUACAUAUUCAGAAUAUCAUAAAAUUGAAGCAGUAAAAUUAAAAAUGAUAGUAAUUCAUAAAUUUGUAAAAAAAAUAAAAUGUAA